AUGGCGGACUCAGAGAAGGCGAUCGGCAUCAUUGGUAUGGGCGAUAUGGGAAAGCUGUAUGCGACGAGGAUCAGCGAUGCUGGUUGGAGGGUCAACGCCUGCGAUGCGCCGAGCAAGUACGAAGAGUUGAAGGAGUUGUACGCCGGACACAACAAUAUACACAUAUACCCGGACGGCCAUCUCGUCUCCAGAUGCAGUGACUACAUCAUCUACAGCGUGCCAGCUGAGGCCAUCGACAGUGUCGUAGCCAAGUACGGUCCAUCUACCAAACUGGGCGCCAUUGUCGGCGGGCAAACGUCGUGCAAAGCCCCCGAAAUCGCUGCUUUCGAGAAACACCUGCCGCCAGACGUCGAAAUCGUGCCCGUCCACUCGCUGCACGGGCCGGGCGUAGACCCCAAAGGCCAGCCGCUCGUUCUGAUCCAGCACCGGGCCUCGACCGCGUCCUUUGCGCUGGUCGAGCGCAUCCUGGCCUGCCUGCAAUCCAAGCACGUCUACCUCACGGCUGCCGAGCACGACCGCAUCACGGCCGACACGCAGGCCGUGACGCACGCCGCCUUCCUGUCCAUGGGCGCGGCGUGGCACGCCAACGCGCAGUUCCCGUGGGAGAUGCCGCGCUACGUCGGCGGCAUCGAAAACGUCAAGAUCAACGUGACGCUGCGCAUCUACAGCAACAAGUGGCACGUCUACGCUGGCCUCGCCAUCCUCAACCCCUACGCCCGCCGCCAGAUCCGCCAGUACGCCGAGAGCGUCACAGAGCUCUUCAAGCUCAUGCUGGCCGGGCACAAGGACGAGCUCCGCGCCAGGAUCUACACGGCUGCGAAGGCCGUGUUCCGCGGCGACGGGGGCGAUGAGGAUCUGCUGCUCAAAGACGAGGUGCUGGAUCGGUUCAGCCUGGGCGAGAAGCCGCCGGAACGGGUCAAGAACAACCAUUUGAGCUUGCUGGCUAUGGUGGACUGUUGGUGGAAGCUGGGUAUCGUGCCGUACGAUCAUAUGAUUUGCUCGACGCCACUCUUCCGUCUCUGGCUGGGGAUCACAGAAUACCUCUUCCGCAAACCUGAGUUGCUGGAAGAGGUGAUCGAGACGGCCAUCCACGACAAUACCUUCCGAGCGGAUGACCUGGAGUUCACGUUCGCUGCUAGAGAUUGGAGUGAUCGCGUGAGUUUGGGUCACAUGGACGCGUACCGUGAAAAGUUUGAGCACAUCCAGACUUUCUUCGAACCUCGUUUCCCGGAGGCGAAGAGGGUGGGUAAUGAGAUGAUCAAAACGAUUUUGGCGAAAACCACGAAGUCCUAG